GAAAGAGAUAAGAUCACGGUACCCAGGUUUCAAAGUGGCAGAAACGAAGUAGCCAGUUGGAAGAUUUGUGUUAGAGAAAAUAAAAAAACAGCAUUGUUAGCAAAAAGACUUAAAAAUAGACAACUAGAAGUGAAACUUACUCAUGAGGCCCAAA